AUGGCCGAUGCUGGGCAGACCACCCGUUGUCUGAUCACAAACGAUUCUGGCCCACCGGAAGCAAUCUGUGCUACCCAUGUAUUGUCUGAUUCAGAGAUCGACGACCCACAGAUCAAAACGUUUUUGGCCAAAUGCGGUGCGCUCAACAGCUCUCAAAACACAAUAUCAUUGAAGGUCGAUUGGAAGGCCACAUGGGAUGCUGGAAGAUGGAUCAUUGUUCCGACCAAGGACGACAUGCUUCGCAUAUUAGGUGCCAUGCUUAAUUCAAAACAAAAAAUGGGCAUCACGCCUUUUGAGAAUAUCUUCUCAUCAGUACAUCGACGCAUGGUCACUUUCAAGCCUCUCACCCUUGGUAGCCUCGUGUUUCUCCGCUUAGAAUACGGCCCCUUGAAGGCAAAGGUUCAAGCUCCACCAUAUGAACAAUUCCCCCCACUGGAAUGCAAGGCACACCCGUACUUGAUCAUGUACAGAGCGUUCUUGACGCUCGACAGGCUCAACGCCUCGGAACAGGGACAGGCUUUGGAGACGUAUGCGCUACUCCACACUAUCGUCGCGCUCUGGAAAGAGCUAUCUGAAUUUUCUCAAGAGGCGAGGCACUCACGUCCCGUUGAAGCCAGUCCCUCUAACAAGAGACGCUUAGAUGCUUUGACUCAAUCGCAGUCUAAAAGACCCAAGGGGCUUCGCGAUAUUAUCUUUACAGUACCAGAGACCGAGUGGACUAUCCGUCAGUCUCUGGGGCAUACUCGAUAUCAUCCAGUCUCUUGUCUCCGCUACAUGAUCCCUAUGGCAGUCAAUGUGCAGCCCGUACUACGUUGUUUGAUCACCAAUGAGAGUGUGCCUUCAGAAGCGAUUCGCACUGCACAUCCACCGCCAAGAAGUGAGGUUGAAGAUCCCAAGAAUUCCCGCAACACUAACGCGCCCAUCAAAGCGGUUGAUGACGCGGAUAUGCCUUCCGUGGUUCUAGAAAUGUUUGCACUGCUUCACAGUAUCGUUACGCUCUGGAAGGAGCUCUCAUAUUUUCCUAUAGCUGAGGAUGAGCCACCUGCUCCUACUCCCUCAACCUCUGCGAUGAAAAGACCGGCAAUGACAUUCCCAUCCCUGACAUUGCCUCUUAAGAACCCGAGGACAAAACUGCGGGUGUCGAAUCAAGAUUCCUUGUUCUAG